AUGCCGGGACCGGCCCUCACUGCCGAGGUGCCGCACCGCGGCCGGCACAGCCAGAGCACGUCCGAAGGCUACGGCCCCGACGCUGCUGCCGUCCUGCCGUCACCUCAGACAAAUCCGAGUGACCACGGUAGCGAGUUCUCCGAGAAACCUGUAGCAAGUGCGCCGCCGCCUGAGGCCUAUCGUCCCGAUCCCGCCCACGGGUCACGCGACCCCUCUGUCCUGACCCUGGAGGACGGUGAGAGGAGGCACGCUCACUGCAUCGGCCUAGCAGGCGAGCAAGACACAGAUCUGCUUGCCUCAUUCCGCUCCGUCAUCGUCAAUGAGACCAACAAGGUGGAUGCCGGCGUCGUACAGGUCUUUGCAGGGAAUCCCCUGCAGGGCGAGCCUCCCGUGCACUUCAAUAUAGUCAUGGACGACUUCAUCCCGCAUGACAACCUUGCCAAGGGUAUGGCAUCGGACUCCAUCGAGGCGCUUGCCGGGCGGCACGGCCCAAGGCUGGUCUCACUCUACUUCCAGCACGUCCAUCCCGCCAAUUGCAUCGUCUCCAAGGCCCGCUUUCUUCGAGCAUAUGCGAGGGAUAAGUUGUCCAUCCCCGCCUCGUUGCGUGGUGUGGUCUACGCCCUCGGUGCGACAUUCUGGCACCACGAUCCGAGCUCACAUCACGGGGUUCUGGCCCUCGACCUGCGGACGCUCCUCGAACAGGCUCACUACGCUCUACACAGAGAAUAUCACGCGCCAAACCUGUGGAACCUGCAGGCAUCUCUACUUCUCGUUCAUGAGAGACCUGGACACACCUAUACCAUGGAAACGCCGAGGACCUGGGUGCUGUCCUCGUCAGCCGUUGCGUCGGCGCAGAUGGUCGGCCUGCAUCGAGAGCCCCAGCUUUGGAGCAUCGCACCAUGGGAAAAGAGUCUUCGGAGGCGACUGUGGUACGCAGCGUACAUGACAGAUGUCUGGUCAUCUGUUUGCCACGGGAACCCGCCUCACAUACACAGAAGCUCCUUUACCACCGCGCCACCACAAAUAGAUGAACUGUCGAUUGACGAGGACGUCGAGGACCACUUGAAAUACCUCGUGGACCCGUCAAGCUUCUCCCCCAAUAUCACAGCGAGCGCUCGCUUUGUCGAGGCCAUCAAGCUCACCCACAUACUCCACGACCUUUUGGACUUUUCCUACUCCGACAAGUCAUACAAAGAAUCCUCCAGCGACCACACCGCCCGAGAAACGAGGCUACUGCACAUACAAAGAGCUCUGGAAACCUGGCUGUCUUUGCUGCCGAGCUGCCUUGGCAGGACGAACAUCAUUUCCGCUCCUGGAUCGAGCAACAUUGCAUCGCUCCAUCUUGCUUACUUUGCCGUGAAGACGCUGUUGUACCGCUCGCUGAUGUGGCCUGUGAGCAUGGCCGCAAAGCGCGACCCGUCAUCGGCCCUUCGCCGCUACUUUGACAGGGCGGUAGCCGACUUUCAGAUAUUCGCGGAUUUCAUCGAGAGCAUCAACUCUCGGUGCCUACAUGGCUUCUGGGGCGCGCAUGCUCGGUCACAUCUGGUUCUCAGCGGCAACUUCCUCGUAUACCUCUUUCUCACGGCUCCGACACCAGAUGAGGUGCAGUCGACGUUUAGGCUACUAGAGAGCGUACACACGUCGCUCAAGCGGUUGCGUGGAAUUGCGAGCAACGAGGAUGCCGUUGCCCUACUACGCCCUGUCGUGUUGCGGAUGGACACGCUCUUCACGCAGGCGUCACGAAUUAUGAGCUCAGGGUCAACAGACCUCAGGGAGAUUACGCUUUCGGGGGUCCAAAUAUAA